AUGUCUGUCGCCGGUCAGUUUUCUAUAGUUCAAAUUCCAGUAGUCCAGAUCCACGGUCCAGAACUCGGACUCCUUGAGCAACAGCUUUCCGCUGUGUCUGUAAGCUUCCAGGCUAUCCACCAGAAAAUCCAGAUCGGCUCUGUGUUCGCUGAAAAUAGAGGUGUUACGCAAGUCCUGGAUCAAUAUGUCAUAGUCUUUGAUCAUGGUGUCACUGACCAUCCAGGGUCUGCAUUUGCAGUGCAGAACAACUUGGCUGAUCACCUUGGCGUCCAAAAGGAACAAUGA